AUGAGACUAUUGGAGACCAGUGAUGAGGUACAGAUGGCUGAGGUCUCAGGAAGUGCCAGCCAUAACCAAAAUGUAGAUAGAGGAGAGAGUACUCUGACAAGACCACAGGAGAGUCGAACAGCAACGACCAGCAACACUGAGGUCUCUGAAUCACAUUCAGGAGAUAUGUCAGCCCCAGUGACACCUCAGGAACAUGUGUCCUCUCCUCAGAUUACUGAAGGUUGGAAAAUUGAGCCAGAUCCUACUGAAGCUGUCAAGAUAUUCAAACAAGACAUCUUACAGAAGUACUCAACUGGAAAACCAAUAAGUCUUACCAUAGAUCUUGGAGACAGUGCAGAGGACAGGGAGAGGGCAAUCCUUUCUUUCUACAAAAUGGCUCAUGUUGAGUGGGCUUCCCCUUUGAUAUGCACAUUGAAGGGAGAUCCAGCAAUUGGAGAUGGCGUGACUCGUCACAUCUUUGCCACAAUCAUGUCCAAACUUCAGUUUGGUUUUGACAUUAGUUUUGCUCCAGGAGGGACUCUUUUUUUUUUUGAGGGUGAAAAAGACCACUUGACUCUUUCCACUUCCCGUUUCCUUUUGGAGAGUGAUUUUGUUGUUGUUGCUGGUCGAAUGAUAGGAGGUGGCUGCUGGAUAAACUACUUCUCCAUGCUGUCCUUGGAAGAACCUCCAAACAAGUCAAGCACUUACGACGAGGCCUGA